AUGUUUGCCUACUCCGGACUGCUGCCAUCCAGGCGCAUCGUCUUAUCUACGCUGCUCGGUGCCUUCACCUUUGGCAGCAACGCUAGCGGUGCUACGCCGGCAUCACCCCAGCAAGCGGCGAUGGCAGCGCGACUGCCGGGCGUGCCCAAGCCGCCGGGCACGGUCAACGGCAAGCUGCCGGAGCGGCGCGGGCCCGAGUACCCGUGGGGUGUCGCGCUGCAGGACAUGGAAGCCAUGCGCCCCGACGUGCGUGUCAUCAACCUGGAGACCGCCAUGACUACGCACGACAAGCCCUGGCCUGACAAGGGCAUUAACUACCGCUGCCACCCUGGCAACGUCGCGACGCUGAAGGCCGGCGGCGUCCAGGUCGCCGGACUGGCCAACAACCACUGCUUGGACUGGCAGAUCCCCGGACUGAUGGAGACCCUUGAAACGCUGGAGGGAGCUGGAAUUAUGGUGGCCGGCGCGGGCAGGAACGCCUCCCAAGCCUGCCGCCCCACCGUAAUCCAGCUGCCGCCGGCCGCAGACGGCCAACCGUCCCGCAGCGCCGCCGCCGCCGCCGCUGCUGACGCCGACACCGCCCCAGCUGGGCCUGAGGACGUGGAUGGGCCUCGGGUCCUGGUGUGGGGGCUGGGUCACGAGUCCAGUGGCGUGUAUGAUGAGUGGGAGGCAGGGGAGGCGCGGCCGGGCGUGUGCAUGACGGACCUCAGCGCGGCGCACGCGGCGCGCGUGGGCGCCGCCGCGGCGGCCGCGAAGCGGCCCGGCAGCGACAUCGCAGUCGUGUCACUGCACGUGGGGUCAAACUGGGGCUUCACGGUCCCCGAGGCUCAGCGGCAAUUCACGCGCGCGCUCAUCCAAGGUUGGAUCCCACGCCUGUAUGCACUCACGGCCUGGCGUGCGCUAGCCUGUCCGCUGCCUCCCAGCCCGUCACUGUGA